UGAGCUCCGCGCAUGCGUUACGUCCCCUUGCCCUGGCUUUCCAACUCUCUUGGCGCAUGCGCAGUGAGUGUGUGUGAAGUCUGGGAGCCUCCCGCGUCACUGCCCUGACUCCCGGUACCGAUACUGAUCUCGGAGUGUGAGGGGAGGAGACCGGCGGAGCGGAGCCAGCCCGAGGUUACUUCAAAUUUGGAACAAUCCUUUUUCCUCCAUUCCGGGAAAGCUACCAUGGGCCAGGAUAUAGAUGGUUCGAGGCCCUUCUACAUAUAAAGCCGGCGCGGGGUCCUCUCAGCAGCCAUGACCACUUCCCAUGUGAACGGUCAUGUAACAGAAGACUCUGACAGCGAGAAGCAAAGUGCGGACCUCUCUGCAGACGAGCCACAGAAACACAGAGAAAUGGCGGUGGACUGCCCCGGGGACUUGGGUACGCGGGCGAUGCCCAUACGGAGGAGCGCUCAGCUAGAACGGAUUCGGCAGCAGCAGGAAGACAUGAGACGUAGACGGGAAGAGGAAGGAAAGAAACAGGAUCUGGAUGUUAAUUCUUCCAUGAGACUCAAAAAGUUGGCACAAACAUUUCCUAAAACUGGAAUAGAUAACCCUAUUUUCGAUACUGAAGAGGGACACGUCCUGGAGAGUCCCAGCCGAACCGUAAAAGUAUUAGAGUUGGAGGAAUUAUUGAGCUCCCUUAAAGACAUCCAGCACACCUUGAUAGACUCUCAGAGCCAGGAGGACCUCAGUUUACUUCUUCAGCUAGUGCAAAAUGUAGACUUCCAGAAUGCAUUAAAAAUCCACAAUGCUGUAGCUGUGCACAUGAACAAAGCCAGCCCCCCGUAUCCACUCAUCCCUAAUGUGCAGGACUUAACGCAGGAGGUGCAGCACGUUCUAAAAACAAGUCACCACAAAGAAAGCCAAGAGCUGAAUGAUCUACUGAACACUCCCCACAUUCAGGCGCUCCUCUUGGCCCAUGACAAGGUGGCGGAGCAGGAAAUGAUGCCGGAAUCUGUUUCUGAAGAUCAGUUUUAUGAAAACAUUGCCCAGUAUGGCGAUGAAACUGUUAAAAUUGUAAGAAUAGAUAAAGCAAGAGAUAUACCUCUGGGGGCCACGGUGAGAAACGAACUGGACUCUGUUAUCAUCAGCCGCAUAGUGAAGGGGGGCGCAGCUGAGAAGAGCGGCUUACUGCACGAAGGAGAUGAGAUCCUGGAAAUCAAUGGCAUCGAGAUUCGAGGGAAAGAUGUCAAUGAUGUCUUUGAGCUGCUGGCUGAAAUGCAUGGAACGCUGUCAUUUGUGCUCAUUCCCAGUCAGCAGGCCCGACCGCCUCCGGCCAGGGAGACAGUGGUACAUGUGAAGGCACACUUCGAUUAUGACCCUACAGAUGACCCAUACGUCCCAUGUAGAGAGCUGGGCCUCUCCUUCCAGAAGGGAGACAUUCUCCACAUCAUCUGCCAAGAUGACCCCAAUUGGUGGCAAGCGUAUAGAGAUGGGGAUGAAGACAAUCAGCCUCUUGCGGGCCUUGUACCAGGAAAAAGUUUUCAGCAGCAACGGGAAGCAAUGAAGCAGACUAUAGAAGAGGAUAAGGAGCCUGAAAAGUCAGGGAAAUUGUGGUGUGCAAAGAAAAACAAGAAAAAGAGGAAAAAAAUAUUAUAUAAUGCUAAUAAAAAUGACGAUUACGACAAUGAAGAGAUCCUGACCUACGAAGAAAUGUCUCUGUAUCACCAGCCGGCAAACAGGAAGCGGCCUAUAGUCCUGAUCGGGCCCCAGAACUGCGGGCAGAAUGAGCUGCGGCUGCGCUUAAUGAACAGCGAGGCGGACAGAUUUGCUGCGGCCGUACCCUAUACUACUCGAAGCAGACGGGAUAAUGAAGUUUCGGGCAGAGACUAUCAUUUUGUCUCCAGACAAACCUUUGAAGCAGACAUCGCUUCUGGCAAGUUCAUUGAAUACGGGGAGUUUGAGAAAAACCUCUACGGCACCAGCGUGGACUCCGUGCGACAAGUCAUCAAUUCGGGCAAGAUUUGCCUUCUAAGUCUUCACACACAGGCUAUUAAAACACUACGCAACUCCGAUCUAAAGCCGUACAUUAUAUUCAUUGCUCCUCCAUCUCAAGAGCGGCUGCGGGCACUGCUGGCGAAAGAAGGUAGAAAUCCGAAGCCCGAAGAGCUCAGAGACAUCAUCGAGAAAGCGCGAGAAAUGGAGCAGAACAACGGCCACUACUUUGAUGCCGCCAUCGUGAACACCGACCUGGACAAGGCCUAUCAGGAACUCCUCCGACUGAUCAACAAACUGGACACUGAGCCUCAGUGGGUUCCAUCGACCUGGCUGCGGUGAAAAAGAUGGCGGAUAGUAACAAAACCCGGGACAAUCACGGUUGGGUAUUAUACAUCCUGCUGAAAUAUUCAAGUGCUGAAGAACCAGUUUAGUUCAGUUUUUUUGUUUUUCGCAACGUAUGUUUGAGUUAAGCUAGAAGAAGGCCCGGAAGACUUGGCGGCCCCCUCCCCCCCCCAAUGUAGAAGCACCAGUUCAGGUCUAGUCUAGAAGCCAGAUCCAGGAGCCAAGAUGUCGUCAUUGCCACCAGCAGAUCGGGCUGAUCCCUACUGAUCCCUAUGGCCGCGGUAAUACAGAGUGAUGUUAGUGUGGAGCACCAACCUUUUAGGCCUCCCUGGGAAGGAGGGGGACAUGUUUACAGACACACAUUAACCUUCUUUUCAUAGGUUGGAGAGUGACGGAUUUAACCUUUUCAUUGCUGAUUGAUAAGAACCAGACCUCGUUUUUUUUUUUUUUAGGUUUUUUUUUAGUUUUUUUUUUUAGUUUUUUUUAGUUUUUUUUUCCCAUUCUCAUUGGGCAGCUGUUCUAUUGUAUACCGUAGCCGACAGCGUUGGCUCCCGCAUAGUAACGUAUGACGGUGUUGCGGCACUUAAAUGUAUAAAGAAUGUUCAAGAAAAAGAAUAAUCACUGGGAUUUCUCCUUACAUAACUGGAUGUACAGAUAAGAGAUUGUGUUUUAGCAAUAUACUUUAAUAUAAACCCCCCCCCCCUACCACCACCACCAUAUGUCGGCACCGGAAUUGCGGCGCUUUUUUUUUUUUUUUUUUUUUUUUAUCGAAGAAAAGUUUUUAGUUUUUAAUGGUCUGAGACUUUCCGACAUUCCAUUUUAUAGUCGCACUCGAUGCCAGCGGUGAUUCCUGUUUUACAAGUUGCUAUGAAUGUAAACAUAUCCUUUUUCUCUAAAUAAACUUGGGCUUCGCAGUUUCACAGGUGACUA